UCUUUCUUCCAUCCUUCCAUCCUUCCAGUAGAGUUGCAGGCGACCUCACGGGAUCUCUCUCCAUUUCUCUCUUGUGCGACGCCAGGGGUGCGAUAUAUUGCCAUAGACAUUUGAUAGGGGAAGAACACUUGGAAAAGUAGGCAGUCACUCUCUUUUCUGAUUGAUAGGUAUAAGACGAUGAAACGAUGGGGAGGCUUAAAUUCAGAAUCUCUUGCAACCUUAUGGGUAUUGUGCACAGCUCUAGCUCUAGCUCCAAUUGUUGGAUCAGUCUCAUCUCCAAAGCACCAAUUUCGUGGAAUUUCUCCCCAAGAUGAGAUGUACUACAAGUCGUCGGACAUGAUCAAAUGUAGAGACGGUUCCAACAAAUUUUCCAAGGCUCAGCUUAACGAUAACUACUGCGAUUGCCCCGAUGGCACUGACGAACCUGGCACAUCUGCAUGCCCGAAUGGGAAGUUCUAUUGUCGAAAUGCAGGGCAUGUUCCACUUUUGUUGUUUUCUUCAAGGGUGAACGACGAUAUAUGUGAUUGUUGUGAUGGAAGUGAUGAAUAUGACAGCAAAGUCAAAUGCCCAAAUACGUGCUGGGAAGCUGGGAAAGUGGCAAGAGAUAAAUUGAAAAAAAAGAUUUCAACCUUUGAAGAAGGUGUUAAAAUUAGAAAACAAGAAGUUGAACAUGCAAAAAUUGCAAUAAUCAAGGAUGAGGAAGAGCUAUUGAAGUUGAAAAAUGAGGAAAAAGUGUUAAAAGAAUUCGUUGAACAACUUAAAGAGCGCAAAGAACAAAUAGAGAAGGUAGAAGAGGAGGAGCGAUUACGGAAAGAAAAAGAAGAAAAGGAACAUUUAGAGAGAGAAAAAGAUGAGACUAAAAAAACUGAGUCGACAGAAACAGCUAAUGUUGGGGAAAGCAAAACUCAUGAGGAAGACAAUUGGAAAAAAAAUGAAGCUAUAGAAAAUUAUGACAAGGAAUAUAAACAAGGAGAAGGCAACAAUGAUGAUAAAAUCGGGAACUGGGAGGACUCUGCAACAGAUCAGCAGGCUUCGAGGGAAGAAGAAGUUGAUUCAGAACUUGAAGCUCAACUUUCUAAUAAGCCUGAAACAGAAGCAUCAUUGCUUAUAGAGGAUACAGCAGUAGAGAACGACAAACCCCCGGCUAAAUCUGAAACUGGAGAAAGUGCUGGCUCUAAAGAAUCAUCUGAAGAAGUCCUGAGAAAGAGUGAUGCUAGUUCAGAGUUGUCAAGGGAAGAGAUGGGCCGCCUUGUUGCUUCUCGUUGGACAGGAGAAAAUACUGAAGAACAGACGGGGAACAUGGAUAGUACGAUUGAUAGUGAUGGAGAAAGUCAUGAUAUCUCAAAAGACACACAUGAAAAUGACGGUUAUGCUUCAGAGACUGAUGAUGAUAACCAAAGAUACGAUGAUGACCUAGAGGGUGAUUUAGAAGAUAUCAGAGACGAAUUUCGUGAUGAUUCUUCUUCGUCUGAGAGAUAUUAUUCAGAUACAGAAUUGGACUCACCAGAUGUGGAUACCCAAAGUAACCCCUCCUGGCUUGAGAAGAUUAAAAAAACUGUUCGAAAUGUCCUCAAAGCUGUCAAUAUUUUCCAGUCUCCAGUGAACCAAUCAGAUGCUGCUAACGUACGCAAGGAAUAUGAUGAGUCCAGUGCCAGGUUAUCAAAAGUUCAGUCAAGGAUCUCAAGUUUAUCACAGAAGCUAAAGAAUGAUUUUGGUCCAGAGAAGGAGUUCUAUUCGUUCUAUGACCAAUGUUUUGAAAGCAAGGAGAACAAAUACGUUUACAAAAUCUGUCCUUACAAACAGGCUUCGCAGGUUGAGGGGCACUCGACAACUCGUUUGGGGCGCUGGGAUAAAUUUGAGGACUCAUAUAGGGUUAUGAUCUUUUCAAGUGGGGAUAAGUGCUGGAAUGGACCUGAUAGAAGCUUAAAGGUCAAGCUAAGAUGUGGGCUUAAAAAUGACAUAACCGAUGUAGAUGAACCAAGUCGUUGCGAGUACGUGGCAUUGUUAUCAACCCCAGCUGCUUGUGUAGAGGAAAAGCUUCAGGAACUGAAAAACAAGUUGAACAUGCUGAGUAAAGAAGAGGCAGAGAAGCAUGAUGAACUUUGAACUUCACAGAUUGAAUUUUCUUCAGAAUACAACGGGUGGGAAGAGUGCCUGGUUGAGUUAGAUCAUCGGUUCUACUGGAUGAAAAGUUUGAAGUAGUUUUUCUUGUAGCCUAGAGGAAAGUUAUCUAAAUCAGAGGGUGUAGUUCUGUUAUGAGUCGCGGGAAUGAACCUCAGCCCCAUUUGCGGAUGUAGUUUAUGCAAUUGAUCUCGAUAACUCUAUCAGGCCUUCUUUAUAGACUAAUUUAUACUAGUAGGCGGAAUGUCAAAAUUAUGACGAGCAAAAUGGACACUAGUACUAGAUGAUCUAUAUAUACAUUCAUUUCAAUUUCUUUCA